GACACUGGCAAACAGUAAUACUUGAGCAAGCAUGCACUAAGUGAGUCAAGAUAUGCUCGAAGUCAUUGACGCGAAGUCUCUGCUUGACUCUUCAAUGCCAUGCCAGCAACGAAACCAUGGCUCGAAACCUUGACCCUUGACAAAUUACACCGAGUGGCCGUCAACAUUGGCUCACCGUGCUCCGGCACCAAGACCGCUCGUGUCGAGGGGAUCAGAAAUGUAGUGUCCAGCGUCAAGAGCCGCGGCGAGAAGCCACUGAGUUUGCUGAGCAUUGAUAUGGGCAUACGGAAUCUCGCGUUCGCGCACUUCACUGCACCGAAAGCCGGGGAUGAAACGCCAGCAGUGUACGAUCAUCCGACGCUACAGGCGUGGCGGCGUGUUGCGAUUGCGUCGUCAUCGGCCUCGCAGAAUGCCGCGAAGGCGAACAAGUUGCUACGAGAUGUCGGUAGUGUCGAGGACGAUGUGGGGGUGGCCACGAAAGAAUCUUUCGAGCCAAUGGACUACGCUAGACAUGCAUACGCUCUGGUCAGGGAUAUGCUCGCGACGUAUCAUCCGAAUCACAUUAUCAUCGAGAGGCAACGAUUUCGCUCUGGCGGCCGAGCGGCUGUGCCGGAGUGGACGAUUAGAGUCGGCGUGUUUGAGGGGAUGCUCUACGCUGUUCUGCGGACGUUGAUUGAACAGGGAGAUCUUGAGGUGGAAGUUGAGCCAAUGUGGCCUUCGCAGGUCAAUCGAUUCUGGCUUGAAGGGCAAGAUCGCGACGUCGUGCCAUCAUUGGGGAAGAAAUUGACGGGACGAGAAGUCAAGCGGGCUAAGAUCAAUAUUGUUGGCGGGAUACUGGAGCGGCAUGCUGGACCUGGGACCGGGGCGGGUAAGAUCUCAAUCAGUGAAGAAAUUCAACCGUUCGCAAAGGAGUUUGUGGCGACUUGGAAGAAAGAGAUAAAGACAAAGAAAAAUGAGAUGAAGAGUAUACCUAAGCUCGAUGAUCUUGCGGAUAGUCUUUUGCAGGGGCUAGCGUGGAUUGAGUGGCAGGAUCACAGGAAACUGCUUGAGAUUUUGGGAUCGAAGGCUGUGGAUAUGGAGACCGGAUGCAUGCUGUGAGACUCGAGAGCAUGGCGACGCAUAUGCUGGUCAUGAUGAAUAGUUUGCUUGAUGAUCGGCACGUUUGAAAGUCAGACUCGAAAGCCGGAGAUGACGUCUCGAGCACAAUGGAGGAAGAUCAAGCUUUGAACGAAUGACAGAUUACGUGCAGCAGCAAGAAAUUGCUCCUCGCGACCUCGACCGUGCAUGGCAAUUGCUCUUAAUUCAGUUCAUCUGGAUACCCAGGCAAGCAUAUAAGAGCCAAGGGCAGAUGGAGCGAGCGGUCCCGCAGCAGCAGCAUCUGUCUUGUUACCAUCAAAGGAUGCACACCCAUACGGGAGUGGCUGAAACUCCACGACGGGUUCUUUCCGCGAUGUCGAGCGCUCGCAAUCAGUCGAGAACAGGUCGAAAUGGUUCACUAGAGGACUGGAAGGAUCAUCGAAGCUUGCAUCCAAACGGUAAAUCAAAAGUCGUGUGGUGUCUGGAUAGCCAGUCAUCUGUGGGG